AUUACUAUUACAGUGAAAGCUGAAUACACGGAUCCUCAUUGUUCGGGGAAGCAGGCCAUUGUUCACUUGUUUGAGUGGAAAUGGACGGACAUUGCAGACGAGUGCGAACGCUUCUUGUCAAAGAAGGGUUACUGUGGUGUACAGGUAUCCCCGGCCAAUGAAUAUGCCGUGAUUGACCAACGCCCCUGGUGGGAGCGCUACCAACCGGUCAGUUACAAGAUUAAUACUCGCAGUGGAAACGAGGCUCAGUUUAAAGACAUGGUCACCCGGUGUAGGAACGUUGGAGUCAGGAUCUACGUGGAUGUCGUCAUUAACCACAUGGCGGGACUCGGUAGGAUCGGAACCGGAAGUGGUGGUUCUCAUUUUGACUCGGAUAAUUUUGACUUCCCCGGCGUACCCUACCGGCGAGAACAUUUCAAUCCCAGAAGUAAAUGUCCUUCCGGUGAUGGAAAUGUCAACAACUACGGUGAUCCGAACAACGUCCGGAACUGCUUUCUGGUAGGUUUGACUGAUCUAAACCAGAAUUUAGAAUACGUCCGUGAUAAGAUAUCAGGUUACUUUAAUAAACUCAUCACGAUGGGCGUCGCGGGUUUUAGAGUGGAUGCAGCCAAGCACAUGUGGCCCGUGGACAUAAAAGCGAUCCAGGAGAGAACCAACGACCUACCGGAAGGAGGGAAACCAUUCUUCUACCACGAGGUCAUAGACCAGAAUGAUGGCGCGAUCAAAGUUACGGAAUAUGAGCCGUACGGUUACGUCACCGAAAUGAGAUAUUGCCAGAAGAUUGCUUGGGGUAUCAAUAAUUUUGGUCAACUUAACAAUGUCGUCGAUUACGGAUGGGGAAUGACCGACUCUGCUCAUGCUUUCAUAUUUGUAGAUAACCAUGACAACCAAAGAGGUCAUGGCGGCGGAGGAAACCUAAUCACACACAAACAACCACGGAGCUACAAACUGGCUCAGGCUUUUACGUUGGCUUAUAACUACGGAUUUCCACGCGUCAUGAGUAGUUACUUUUUCCAGAGCACAAACCAGGGACCACCUCAUAAUGGUGAUUUCUCCAUUAAAGAUGUCUCAAUCGAAGGUGAUGGUUCUUGUGGAAAUGGAUGGGUAUGUGAGCAUAGAUGGCCUGCAAUUGCAAAUAUGGUUGGGUUUCGUAAUGCUGUUGCAGGUACCGACCUUAAUCACUGGCGCAACGAAAACGACCAGGUGUCCUUCAGCAGAGGAAAUAAGGGAUUCUUCGCCAUGGCCAAACAAGGUCAUAUGGACGAGACGCUACAAACAGGACUUCCGGCCGGACAGUAUUGUGAUCUCAUCACCGACUGUAAGACCAAGGUCACGGUCGACGGAAGCGGAAACGCCCAUAUCGUCAUUAGUGACAAUGAAAAUCCAAUACUGGCAUUCAUCGUUGAUGGACCAACUGGACCUACAAACACGCAUGGAUCAUCAGGCGGCACAUCCGGUAUCACAUCGGGUCCCGUUGUCACUUCUGGUCCUGUUGGUACUUCCGCAUCGGUAACUUCCGGACCUUCUCCGGAAGGAUGGGCGAGAACAGUAAUCAUGAUUCAGGCUCAAACCGUCAAUGGACAGAAUUUGUUCCUUAGAGGAGGAAUUGACCAUGGCCACCGAAAUGGUUGUACCAAUCAGGCUUCAUCCAGCGCAUGCGCCAUUCCAAUCAAAAGUCGGGAGAUUGGUACAGGUGAUCAUUACGCGGGAUAUAAUGCUUGGCGACAGGGUGAUCACUUUUUGGACUGGUAUGGGCCCGAGCCAGGUCAGGGCACAUUUCACGGGACUCAAGCUAAGGGCACGCCUGCCGUGUGGACAACCAACCAACCUGGUGGUCAUGGAUACACAGCCUUGAAUACGUAUGGUGAGCACUACUGGUUAGUAGAUAUGGACAUGGACUGUUCAAAGACAGAGGAUGGCUGGUUCGAGGUCAAAGCCUUAAUCAAUGACAACUGGGAACACGAUAUACACAUGAUUGGGUGUGGCACCGACACGGCCCCUUAUGCCUCCAAUAAUCACUGGGUUAGAUGUGGCUUCAUGAACGUCAUACAUUUCAACAGCGGCAACUGCGAAAUAAUGUCUCUCAACGAAUAA